GCCAUCUCUGAGAUCCGAUCCGGGUGAUCUAUAUUUAUUUAAACGACAUCGUUCGUGUUCUCGUCGCCUUGUUCUCUCGUUUCACAUCUGCCCCCCGGCCUUUCAGACACCAUCGCUGCAGUAUUUCUUUGGUGUAUAUCUGCCCCAUAGUUGGUACGUAGUGAACCACACGCAUUCUGUCCGUCUACAAAACAUAUCUACUCUCAUAGACACAUGUUACGUAUGGCUUUCUUCAGGAUUCAACCCUUGCAUUUUGGCAAGACUUUAUUAGCACGAUCCGGUGUGCAACAUUACGCAUCCUCAGUAUCACGCCUGCGAGGCUUCUCUACUCCAGCCAUUGUGAAUGAUGAUAGGCCACUCGCUGGUAUCAAGGUUGUAGACUUGACAAGGAUUCUUGCUGGGCCGCUUGCCACAAUGAUGCUUUCUGAUCUUGGGGCCGAUGUCAUUAAGAUUGAAUCGCCUAAGAACGGUGAUGACACACGCUCAUGGCUCCCUCCUUCUGCCCCAGUCCCACCUGAGGGUUAUCCAAGGCCUGAUCUUCCUCCUGAAUCCGCCUACUUUUUGCAAGCCAAUAGAAACAAGCGAUCUCUGACGCUUAACCUCAAAUCUGCAGAAGGACAAAAAAUCAUCAAAAAAUUGAUCGAAAAAGCAGAUGUACUCGUAGAAAAUUACGUCCCAGGAAAACUCAAAAAAUUCGGUCUCUCAUGGGAAGAAGUGAAAGAAAUGAAUCCCCGGUUAAUCUAUUGCUCCAUUACAGGAUAUGGAUCAACCGGACCUUAUUCUCAGUCACCGGGAUACGACGUUGUUAUUGAAGCUGAAGCAGGACUAAUGCAUAUCACGGGAGAGAAAGGCGGUAAACCUGUCAAGGUUGGGGUGGCGGUCACAGACGUCCUGACUGGGCACCAUGCACAGUCCGGUAUUUUGGCAGCUCUUUUGAAGCGUCAGAAGACAGGGAAAGGCUCUCGCGUUGAGUGUAGUCUGUUUGAAAGUCAGAUUGCUUCUCUCUGCAAUAUAGGUGCCAAUUAUCUCAUUGCGGGAGAAGAAGCUACCCGUUGGGGCACAUCGCACCCCUCCAUAGUCCCUUACCAAGUGUUUCCCACGAAGGAUUCUUUUAUAAUGCUCUCGGCUGGCAAUGAUUCCCAAUUCGCGAUUCUUUGCUCGUCUGCCGUGCUUAACAAGCCUGAUUGGUUAAAUGACGACCGAUUUUCUAGUAACCGUAAGAGAGUGGAGCACAGAGAUGUCAUGAUCGCACUUAUUGAGGAAGUUCUCUCUGAAAAAACAACCGAGGAAUGGUGCCAGAAACUCGUAGGAAAAGGACUACCGUUUGCACCAAUCAACAAUAUCGCUCAAACAUUCUCGCAUCCACAAGCUAUAGCGAGAGAGGUAGUAGAAGAAGUGAUUCAUCCUCGGGCUGGUAAGAUCAAGCUUGCAGCACCAGCCGUCACAUAUGAUGGUAGCAAACCGAAGUUGUAUCGCCCACCGCCGUACUUGGGUGAACAUACUGAGGAAGUCUUAACAGAACUCGGCUGCAGCUCGGGUGAAAUAAAGAAGAUGAAGUUGGACGGCGUUAUAUGACUGCCUCAUUCGGUCAUGUAACGUCAGAAUGCAUCGCGGUCAGCCCUUGGCUUACUAGUUACUGGACAAUUGGAAGUUGAAAGCUACCUAUGGUGCACGGAUCACCAUCUGAUGGAGGCUAACCAUCAUACUCA